AUGACUACUAGUUCUACGAGUACUGUUGGGGUUUUUGAAGAAUUCACUGUUUUCCCCACCCAUCUGUUCUAUAUUCUUCCUUCAGAUAAUUCGGGUACUCACUUAGUUUCUCCUCCCUUCGAUGGGAGUAGUUUUGUAAUAUGGCAGAAGAAUAUGUUGACUGCCUUAUCUGCCAAGAACAAACUGGGCAUAGUCAUAGGUAGCGUGCCCAAACCUGCCACUAAUUCACCCUACAUCUCGUUCUAUGAGUGGUGCAAUGAUAUGAUCAUUGUUUGGAUCACCAAUUCCUUGUCUCCUGACAUAGCAACAAGUGUCAUGUGUUUUGACACCGCGAAAGUCAUUUGGUCUGAUAUCAAUGAAAGAUUUGGCCAAUCAAAUGGUACAAAAUAUAUUCAAAUCCAGAAAGAAAUAAGUUCUACCACUCAACGCUCUUCCAGUAUUGCCAACUAUUUUACUAGGUUGCGCAACCUUUGGGAUGAACUUAACACUUCUUAUGUUGGUCCUGGCCCUUCUCUGAAGAAGCAGUUGGAAAUUGGUAAAGCUGCUAAUGGACUGUUUUACCUCAAUGUUGAUUCAUCUUCUCUUUCUAGCUUUACUUGUCCAGUCACUACUAGUAUUUUUGGUUCUUCCUUUACAUUCAGGUCAGAUAAUGCUCUUGAACUAGGUCUCAGUUCUAAUCUCUAA